GCGCCAGUGCAGGGCUGUUUCCGGCUCCGAUUCCGUGGACCGGAGUCUGGCCAGCGGGUGCACCUGCCUGAGUGUCUGUGGCCGCCGAGUCGCGGAGCUGAGCGGCUUGGAUUCUCCUGGGCAGACCGGGGACUUGACCAGCUCAUCGGGGGCGUAGACGGAGCCGGGACAGACGCCUGCUCUUUCGAAUCGGGGCCGCGCCGCGGCACAGAUCCAUCGGCGCGACUCCUGGUGCCCAGACCUGGGGGCUGUCCAGCCACGCGCGGGCCGCGUCGGGCGAGAGCUGAGGAGCCGGCGUCCCUGCGAGGGACUCGGCCCCGGGACGGUCAGGUGUCGGCGGCCCGGGGCCCGCAGCUGUCCGCGGGCGGACGCGUCCCGCCAGGUCUCUGGCCGCGCACGGCCGUGGGCGUGGGGAUGGCCGCCGGUUUCCGGAUAGCUUCGUGGUGGGGAUUGUUGUCGUUCAAGGAUGUGUCUGUGGAGUUCACCUGGGAUGAGUGGCAGCUACUGGAUUCCAGACAGAAGUACCUGUACAGAGAGGUGAUACUGGAAAACUACCAUAACCUGAUCUCGGUGGGGUAUCAUGGUGCCAAGCCUGACUUAAUCUUCAAGUUGGAACAAGGAGAAGAUCCGUGGAUAGUAAAUGCCAAAAUUUCCAGGGAGAGCUGUCCAGAUGGCUGGGAAGAAUGGUACCAGAAAAACCAAGAUGAGCUUGAAUGUGUUGAAAGAAGCUAUGCUUGUAGUGUGUUGGGAAGACUUAAUCUGAGCAAAACCCACGAUUCUUCAAGACAACGAUUCUAUAACACACAUGGAAAAAGUUGGACACAAAACUCAGCUUCAAGCAGAAGUUAUUUAAGAAAGAAUCCUGAUAAGUUUCAUGGUUAUGAACAACCAUAUUUUCUUAAGCAUCCAAGAGCUCAUAGCAUAGAAAAAAACUGUGUGUGUAGUGAAUGUGGGAAAGCUUUUCGUUGCAAAUCACAGCUCAUUGUACAUCUCAGAAUUCAUACAGGAGAGAGACCUUAUGAAUGCAAUAAAUGUGAAAGAGCCUUCAGUGCCAAGUCAAACCUCAAUGCUCAUCAGAGAGUUCACACAGGAGAAAAGCCCUACUCAUGUAGUGAAUGUGAGAAGGUCUUCUCCUUCAGGUCACAGCUCAUUGUCCAUCAGGAAAUUCACACAGGAGGGAAGCCCUAUGGUUGCAGUGAGUGUGGGAAAGCCUACAGUUGGAAAUCACAGCUGAUUUUACACCAGAGAAGCCAUACAGGAGUGAAACCCUAUGAAUGUAGUGAAUGUGGGAAAGCCUUUAGUUUGAAGUCUCCAUUUGUUGUGCACCAGAGAACUCAUACAGGAGUGAAACCCCAUAAAUGUGAUGAAUGUGGGAAAGCCUUUCGGAGUAAAUCCUACCUCCUUGUUCACAUUCGAAUGCACACAGGAGAAAAACCCUAUCAGUGCAGCGAUUGUGGAAAAGCCUUCAAUAUGAAGAUGCAGCUCAUCGUACAUCAGGGAGUCCACACAGGAAAUAAUCCUUACCAAUGCCAUGAAUGUGGGAAAGCCUUUGGUAGGAAGGAACAGCUCACCGCACAUCUGAGAGCUCACGCAGGAGAGAAGCCCUAUGGGUGCAGUGAAUGUGGGAAGGCGUUCAGCAGCAAGUCAUACCUUGUUAUACAUCGGAGAACACACACUGGAGAGAGACCCUAUGAAUGUGGUUUGUGUGAGAGAGCCUUCUGCGGAAAAUCACAGCUGAUUAUACAUCAGAGGACUCAUUCAACUGAGAAGCCCUAUGAAUGUAAUGAAUGUGAAAAAGCCUAUCCUAGGAAGGCAUCGCUGCAGAUACAUCAGAAAACUCAUUCAGGAGAGAAACCCUUUAAAUGCAGUGAAUGUGGAAAAGCCUUCACUCAGAAGUCCUCUCUCAGUGAACAUCAGAGAGUUCACACAGGAGAGAAACCAUGGAAAUGCACUGAGUGUGGGAAAUCCUUCUGUUGGAACUCAGGUCUUCGUAUACAUCGGAAGACUCACAAAUGAGAAGUCAGAAUGAUGCAUAUGUGAGAAACUGUGUCACAGAGGCUGAUUUCAGGAGACUUUAGAUUACAGAGACAGGAAUUACAAGCAGGAGCCCUAAACCUACACUCAUGUCAAAAAUCAUGUAGGAGAGAGAUCAACCAUAUUUGGGAUGAGUGUAAAAGCCUUCAGAAAUGAGUUACAAAUCUUUGUAGAUGAAAAUAAUUGAAGGAAUGAGGAGCAGUAAAUGUAUGAAAUGUGGUAGCCUAUUAUGAAGGUAAUCUGGUAUCUGGUAAAGAAUACCAGAGUAUCCUUAUCUUGCUAAGAAAUCCACAUUUCUAAAUUAUCCACAUGAAUAAAUUAGGGAAGCAUUUUCCCAUGGAAAGCGUGUUCUGUGGAAAGUCGCAUUCCAGAUUUGAAGCUAUGUUUUUGUAAAAUAAAGAAAAUCCCAUUUAUUAACAGUUGACUUGUCAUGGUGGAGUUUAAAGGUUUUUUUGUUUGUUUGUUUUAAUAUGUAAAUAAAGUAAUGAUCAGGAAAACCACAGGGAAUAGAUUCUUAAAGUUAAGGGAUAUUUAAUGUGACUUCCCUGAGUUAACACUGAAUAUCAUUUCUAAAAUUUUUAGUAUUUUAUUUUUUAAUGUAACUUGUUCUGUAUCUCUAUAUAUAUUUGAUAGUUUGUGGAAAAACAUCCCCCAGUAUUUUGCAUAUUAAAUACUAAUUGUCUUUAUUUCUUUUUCAUAAGCAGAAGUGGCAGUUUAUUACAGAGCUGCUGCUUAAGAAAACUCAUUGUAAUGAACAUUUAUUAUAUGUUGGCAGUCUGUGUCUGUUCUCCAUUAAUUGAGUUGAGCACCCUUGUUUUCUCUGGAGAAAUACCUCCCCUCUCUGGGGUGCUUCCUGUGGUGUCUUUCAGGUAUCCUUUCCACUAGCUACAGGUGAGCAUUUUACCCAUUGUUGGAUAAUGCUGAUCUCUUUUUCAGAAUUUGGAGUCUGUAAUUCAUUCACACAUGAACCAGAAAAUGUCAGCACUCAUUCAUUCUUGUCCCAGAAUUCUGCUGAGACCAUCCAUUCAUUCUGGCAAAUUGAUUACAAGAGUAACUGUGGAUGCUAUCCCUUUAGAACCUGCUUCUCAGAUCUGGGUGCUUCCUCACUUCUCAAUAAAAAUGUCUUUUGCUUUUU